GACAACUUGGUGUCAAUCGAAACAGACCUGGUGCCUUCCACGGGCAAAUGUCGUGGAUGACAUGACGCGGGAAUUGCCCUAAGUCCUGGUAAAUGCUGCUUUUCAUUUUCGCGAUGAUGUUUUCUUGGCUCCAAAUUGUAGUAGGCAGCAGCGGAUGACAGUGUUAGGCAGCUCUGUGCUCACGAGUCGCACUUUCGGCGUCCACUUCUGUGGUCGCGCGGCAUGCGGUCGUGGCGGACUUCGCGUUGGUACGAGCCACGCAUGCCGACAUUGGGAGGCGUCCUCGCGUUGAGCCUUUUCUGCAAAUCCGCCCUGGAAGAGAACGUGCAUCCACACGUUUCCUGGCAUCCACACACACGCCAUCACAUGCGGCUGCUGCUGCUGCUAGCGCUGCUGAGCGCCAUUGGAGAGGCGUCCGCACAAAUUAUCUUGCCACCUCAACAUGCUGUGUUGAAGGCCCUUAGGGACGAGUGGGGCUCAUUCUAUGGGAGUGACUCGUGGAGUUUGUAUGGGGACUGCAGAGAGAUAAAGGGCGUUACUUGCACCACCGAUGGCUUCAUUACCUCCUUGAGUGUCAUUGGACAAACUCUUCUGAAGCCCAUCCCUCCUGUUAUUAGCGGCCUGAGCCGCCUCCAAUCAUUAACUCUGGCUAACUGCCACUUGACGGGCUCGCUGCCAUCUGCCCUCUUCACUCUGCACAGCCUCACCAAGCUGGACCUUGACUACAAUGACCUCUCUGGUUCUAUCUCUGCUAGCAUCAGCAACUUGACAAACCUUAAAUACCUCUCAAUGCAGGGGAAUAGUCUGGAGGGAUCUGUGCCUGUCGAGAUGUCAUGCUUGAAGAAACUCAAUCUCCUGAGACUGAGCCACAACGCCCUUUCGGGCCCUCUUUCCCACUUCCUUUCCUCACUCACCAACCUUUCCAUCUUGGCUGUGGAUUCUAACAGUUUCAGUGGAAAACUGCCUGACUUUCUCCCCCAGCUGCAAGGGCUGACAUACCUGCACCUGGAGUACAACCGGCUUGAAGGCAGCCUCCCAUCGUCCAUUGGAGCCCUCACUCAGCUGCAGGAAUUGAUGCUGGGCGGGAAUGACUUCUCGGGAACCAUGCCAUCGGCACUGGCCAGCUUGAAGAACCUUCAAGUCCUUUCGCUUCGCGACCUUCGCCUCCAUGGCCUUGUGCCUCUCGCUCUCAGCUCCCUUGAGAAGCUGCAAUACCUGGAGCUCUCUUCCACGUCUCUAUCAGGGCCCUUGGCUCCUAUUGUGGCUCCCAUGACAAGCCUCAAGGAGCUCGUGGCGAGCUACAACCAGUUCACGGGAGAUGUGCCCAUCCCAGCGUCCAAGGCCCUGGCACUUGUGGACGUCCAGGGCAACUUCUUCUACUCCGCCCCCAUCCGCCCUAAGAACUGCUCCGCUGUCAGCCUCUUGCUGUUUGACAACUGCCUGCCAACUGCCCUGUGCGGAGUGAACCACGAGCAGAGAAGCAACGCGAGCUGUGCAGCAUUCUGUGGGGUGGGGCAGGGCGGGGCGCUGUGCAGUGGUCAUGGGUACUGCUUCAUGAACGACAGCAGCAGCACGGGCGAGUGUGUGUGCGAGGCACACCACUCCACUCGCAAUGGCCCGCACAUGUGCACAUACACGAUUGACCCCGUGACUGCCUCCUCUGCCACCUCGCCCAUGGCUCUGAGUGGCUCUGUGCUGCGCUCUACUGACGGUGCCCUGCUGCUGACCCCCAGGGCCAAUGGCAACUGGGGCACAGCCUUCACAGCCGCGCCUCUCCCUCUCUUCUCCUACUUCAACACCAAGGCCACAUGUGGUUACCAGUUCGCCUUCAACGCCUCCUUUGCCUUCUCCCUCGACCCCGACUCAGAGGCCGGCGGGGAUGGGCUCGUGUUUGUCGUCGCAGCCGCGCUGCCAGACAGGCUGGGACGGGUGGGGCGGCGGAGUGUGGGAGUGGAGUUUGACUCGGUGCAGAGUGUGAAGCACAGCGACCCCAGCGACAACCACGUGGGCGUCAAUGUGGGCGGCUCACCUGUGUCCCUCGCCUCUGCCACGGCCCCUCUCAUCCUCAACGACGCCCAAACCAAGCACGCCUGGAUCCACUAUGACCCCACCAGCGGCGGCACUCUCCGAGUCUUCCUCUCCUCCGACCCCGUGCAGCCCCUCACCCCCACACUCCGCGCUCGAGUGUCCCUCUGCUCCAUCCUGCAGCCCAAGGCGUCCUCUGCUGCAUUCCACGUGGGCUUCACAGCUUCGUCCACGGCUGGUCCACAAGCACACUCCGUUCUCAACUGGACAUUCACGGCGGAUGUCCCACUCAACCUGCGCUUUGACCCAUCGAACCUCGCCCUGGGGUUUGUGUUGGACGAGGAUUCCUUCUCAUCUCAGGGAUUCAACUCCGCCUUCCACUACGCCAGUGCGGGAUUCGAGUCAGCGCAAGACAACAGCCCCUCGUGGCUUCUCAUGUCCUUCAACUCCUGGGUCUUGCCUGAACCUGUCUGGCCUGUCAAGAACCAACAGGGCUGCGGUGACUGCUGGGCGUACGCAGUGGUGGCAGCGGUGGAGGCAGCCUACAGCAUUGCCAGCAACUGGUCGCAGCCCCCCGUGCUGUCGGUGGACCAUCUGCGCCUCGCCCUCUCCUCCAACUGCGACGGUGGCUCCCCCACCAAGGCGCUGCAGUUCCUCCUCAACGCCACAACCCAGGGCAGGGGGCUGCUGGAGCAGGCGGUGUACUCCCAAGCGCUGGCGCUCAAGGGCGGGUCGCCGGUCAGCACGAGGUACUAUGGCAUCCGGGGCAUCGAGCGCACGGCCUUCUAUGGGUGGUUUGGGCUCAUGCUGGCAGUGCAGCGCCAGCCAGUCAUUGUGCACAUCGAGGCCUCCGCACCCUCCUUCCAAGACUACGAUGGGCUGUGCUACCUCCGGUCGGUCACCAUGUGUGCUGGUUGCUCUGUGUGUGCAUGGGGGCAGAGAGGCAAGUACGCUGACGAGGCGUGUUUCAGCGGGCAUCUGAACCACGUGGUGCUGGUGGUGGGCUUUCUCUCCACGGGCUUCGACCCUUACUCCGCCAUGCCGCCGCCCUUCUGGAUCAUCCGCAACUCAUGGGGCACACAGUGGGGCGACCAGGGCCACAUGCGAAUGGACAUUCGCAGUGGAGAUGGUCUCUGUGGCAUCAACACUCUCCCGGGGCUCUUCCCUGUCGUCAGAACCAGCGCCGAUUCGUGUGGGUCGCGCUCCUUCAAGUUCACUGUCCUGGGCGCCACCUUCAACCCGUGUGGCCAGUUCAACUGCAGCAAGAAAGGCACCAGCAACCGUUGCAAGUGCUCUGAUGCCCGCUUUGUGCAAGUCAAGAACACCGAUGGAUCAUACACCUGUGCUUAUGUGGACGUGUGUGGGUCCAGCAGUCGCAACCCGUGUGUGGUGGGCACGUGUGUUAACGAUGGCAGGGGCAGCUACUCCUGUGUAUGUCCCCCGGGGUUCGCCCAGGGCACCACUCUCGCCAACUCAGCCUCCUGUGCCCCGGGUGAUGCAGGGGGGGUGUACACGGUGCAGCAGAGCAACGUGUGGUGCUCCGAUGUGCAUCCCAUAUUCGCCCUCACACUGGACCAGUUUAAGCAGCAGAACAAGGGCGUCUCAUGCUCCACGCCUCUGCGCCUCAACUCAAGGCUGCUAGUCAACUCUACUGUCGACCCGUGCUCUGUCUUCUACACCACUGUUCUGGGCGACACGUGUGCGGGGGUGGGGCGGCAGGUGGAGCUGUGUGGGGAGGCGGCCUCGGAUGCGGCGUGUGAGGCGGCAUUUCAGGCGCUCAACCCCGCUGUGGACUGCUGGUCUCUGAAGCCCUCUCAGGCGGUGUGCGUGGAGAGAGACCCCUCCAAGGCCAACCUGACUGUGGUGUGCGACCAGUACUACCGCGCGCGCCUCAAUGACACGUGCCACAGCAUCGCACAGCUGGCAGAGCCCCCUCUCAGCCCGGUGGACUUCUACCGCCUCAACCCCGGCGUCAACUGCAACCAGCUCAUCCCCGUGAAGAACUACUCUCGCCCCGCCACCACCUUCGGUGCUGAGGUGUGCAUUGGCAGCGCCACCAACUUCUCAGCUGGCAUCUGUUCAAGGACCAGCACCUACACCAUCUCGCCAGGGGAUGAUUGCAAGUACAUCCACCUCAAGUACUUCUACAGCAUUAAGGGUUGUUACAGGAGGUUGAAUGGGUAUGAGUGUGUGGACAAGUUGAAACCUGGUGCCAAAAUCUGCACACCUAGUCCAAAAAGGGCUCGAACAGGAACAUGCAGCAUUUGAUGGAAUCCACAUACCACCAGUCUCAAAAAUAUGGUACGGACAGACCCCUGUUUAGAGCGUAUUUCUACUUUUGAGUGUUAAUCCCCAAUUCUUUGCACCGUCGGCCAGAAGCAACAUUUAAAGUGGUAUCUGACAUGAGCUAUAUC